UGAACAAAAUUUGUCGAUAAAAAAGCGGAUUUUCUGCCAACUUUUCUAGGGCCCAUUCACUGAAAAAUCGACGUUGUGGCAGAUCGUUCGGCUUCAGUUCUUGCACGAGCUGUAUUUUAUACGGUUUUACACCAAGAUCUUUGCGUAAAAUCUUCCAUGUGGUCGAAUAACACAAACACAAACCUAAUUGCUGCGAACGGCGACGAAUCGACAUUUCACGGUCUUCAGCAACACUCUCAGAAACAGACGCAAUAUUCUCUUCUGUACGCACUGUACGCAUUCGUGUGGUUGGUUUAAUGUCCAAUAAAGUAAACUGAGUGCAAAACUUGGUCACAAUCGCACUAAUUGUUUGCUCACUUGGUCGAUUAUGUAGACCAUAAAUCGGACGUAAAGCGCGAAACACAUUUCGAACCGAACACUGAUUUUGGUAAUAAAAUUCAAUGAUUUGCAAGCAUUGCUCGUUAGUAAGUCUAUUCAUGAUGAAAUGUCAAAGCAUACUGAGCAUCUUUCUCUUUGACACCAUGUCUGAAAUCCCGCGUGAUCUGUCAAAUACUAAUGCAUGAAAAUCCUAACCUCAAAAAAAUCACCCUUUAGAACCUGAAAAAAAGCAAUGUGGAUACAAUACAUUUCCUAUCACACAUAUUUUUGACAGUUAUGUUGAUAAACAAAAAAAAAAUCAAGUUGAUGCCAGAAAUCAAUAAAUAGCAAAACUUCAUGACAAUUUGACACUUUGAAAAAUAUUCAACCUCAUUUUAUAUUUAGAGAUAUUUUAAUUAAAACACAAAACAUCAUGUUUUGUCUAAGAUGUCGUUUACGAUUUAUUUUUAAUAACUCAGAAACAAAAUCAGUAAUUUGUUUUUCAAAAAUUAAAAUUUUUAAUUUUCAAAUGUCAUCUCAAGAAAUUACUAACACAAAAUGAUUCGGAAAACAUGGCACAAGCAAACGCAUCGUCGAAAAAUUUGGAAAACUUAUUCUCUAACGGAUAAAAUUUGGUACUACAUGAAACCAUUUGUCGUACAUCUUUUAAUGGUUUGGUUAGAACCUUUGCCGGUGCCUACGUUUUUAAAAGCCAUAUAUUCAGCAUGCCUGAUUGUUUUUAUACUAUUUCCGGUUAUUUACCCUACUGCAAUUAUUUUGGCUUACUACUGGGUGUUUCAGUUUAUUGGUGAAAGAGAUUUUGGUAUAAUAUUUCCGAAAAUCUUGGACUUCCGUGGAUAUGUUAAUAAAGUAAUCAAUACUGAUCCAUCUGGGGAAUAUGGAGAAGCUGUACAUUACUAUUGCGAACAAUUAAAAGUAAUGGCUGCAACAAUUGCUUCAUUGGUUGAUUAUGUACGCUUGGCAUCAAGUGCGAUAUUGGGUAUCGGAUAGAGAGAGAUAUAUAUUAAGUAAAUGAUAUCGAAGUCUACUUUUGAGAAUUUAUAUUUUAGUUUUCUUGUGAAAUCAAUAAGAUAUCGAGAUGUGAUUUAAAUUACUCCA